AACUUUUGUACAUUUAUCCAGGCAUGUUGGACAACUAUAGCCGCAGUUCGGUUGGUUUAAGCGGUGGCAAUAGUGGCAUCUUAAAUAACAGUUCGAAUGCAAUUUGUGAUGAUUCGUCGGGUAGUGAGGAUGCUAGUGAGGGACCACCAACGCAUGCCCCAGUGCAAUUUAUGUUAGGUGGCGCACCCACAACCUCAUUGAAGAACGCCAACACGUCUAUAUCUUCGGCAGCAAGUGUCGCGUCACGUGCUGGUGGUGCCGCUAGCCAUUCAUCAGCAAUGGAUGCGACUACGCUUAAUCAUAUUGGAAGUAUUGGUAACUCAACGAAUGCGCUUGGAACGUCUGUACCGCCGACAUCUGUGUCGAAUGUCAAUACGCCAAUUGCAACCCCACCGCCGUUACCACCGCACAAUAAUAUACACAAUUCGAGUUACUAUUUGAAUGAUAGCUUGGCUGGUGGUGAUGACAGUCGUUAUAGUCCAUCUUCAUCUGAACGCUCCAUACCGGUGCCGCCACGUUUGAAGAAGCACAAUUCGUCUAAUUUAGUUGUGUCACCAACGCCGACACCAGCAAUAACAACAAUAAUACCAUCUUCUGCACCUAAUCCACCACCACCGCCGCCACCGCCAUUGCCACCACAUCUCGCAGUGGUCGGUACUCUGAAUCGAGCACCACUUCCUCCACCUCGCAAAUCUACUCCGAGCCAACUUUUGCGAUCCCAAAGCACGGACCUGGUACCAAUGGAAAUCUACACGUACCUUAACAGACAACAGCAACAACUUAGCGCGAAAUCUAGCAACAACGGCGGCAGCAACAACGGUCUAUCCAUCACCGGACAGCAUCUCGUCGGCGGCGGCGGAAGUGGAAUUGGCGGAACCAACAAGAAGAUGGUCAAACAGCACAGCACGGCUAGCCAACAGUCCACAUCAUCUACAUCAUCGUCCGUCCAUUCAACCCCAUCCGCACCAGCGGCUCUCGGCGCAGACGGGCAUAGUGGCAACAGCGUCGGUGUUGUCGGCGGCAGCAGCGGCAAAGGGCAAUCUCCCGGACGUUGGUCAUCACAUGAGCGCUUCUUACCAAUCCAUCAACAGCACCAGCAGCAACACGAACAUCAACAGCUUAUAUGGCAGCCACUGCAGUCUGUGCAGCAACAACAGCAACUCCAGCACAACCAGUCAAUCAAUCAUGGACAACAACAACAGCAACAGUCCGCGCAGCAACAGCAGCAUCAUCAGCAUGCAAGAGAUGCGGAGUCGUUCAUGCAGCCCCAGCACGGUGCAACUACUGGAAAACCACCAGCAAUUGGCACAAUAUCCUCGCAAUACCAACAACAGCUGCCAGGCGCGCUUAGCUUGCAAUCGCUGUUGGGGCAGACACAGCAGCAUGGGAAUGCCACCGCCACCGCCACCAACGCCGCCACCACCACAUCUACGGCAACUAUUGCGUCGACACACAGUGAUACCCAAAUGGAGGACCAGCUGUUGCUCAACGCCGACAGCGCAAGUCUCGAUGGAGGCGGCACAAUCAAAAAGCGAAAGCGCCGAUUGCGCUUCCCCUUCGGUGGCGGGCAUCGUAAGACCGCCAGCAAUGCAAGCGCCAGUAGCGGCAAUGCCAGCGCCACUUCCAACAAACAUACAUAGCUCUCAUAGCGUUGGCUGUUUGACAACGUCCUCCAACGAUUCAGGAGUAGGAGAUGCGCAAGAAACGAUGAGAUUGAGUCGACGACAACAAAGCAA